GGCAACAUGGCCAAAUGUACCAAGAAGGUUGGAAUCGUCGGUAAAUACGGGACCCGCUAUGGGGCCUCCCUCCGGAAAAUGGUGAAGAAAAUUGAAAUCAGCCAGCAUGCCAAGUACACUUGCUCUUUCUGUGGCAAAACCAAGAUGAAGAGACGAGCCGUGGGCAUCUGGCACUGUGGUUCCUGCAUGAAGACAGUGGCUGGUGGUGUCUGGAUGUACAAUACCACUUCCGCUGCCACGGUAAAGUCCGCCAUCAGAAGACUGAAGGAAUUGAAAGACCAGUAGACGCUCCUCUACUCUUUGAGACAUCACUGGCCUAUAAUAAAUGGGUUAAUUUAUG